AGUACAAAAUUUAAGUUUACAUGCCUCGAGUUGAUCUGACGCGACUACAAAAAUAUAGGAGCGCAACGCGCAACGUUAGUCGCGUUUGAAUUAGCGUUCAGAUCUUUUCGGCAACGUCGCUUACUAAAUCGUCACGGUGUGCGGAUUGGGGCGAAUUCUCGGCUACAUCGGCGGACGACCGUCGGUGGGGGCCACCAACAUGUCGCAAUCCGGAUCAGGUGGAUUGAGCGACGCUCAAGCACAGAGCCAGGCUGGACAAACGACGGACAAUCAACAAACAACUUGCCAGAACGGUCGCGCUGAGCCGAUCGCUGACAACGCCAAGCAAGAUCUCUCCAACGGUUUUGAGAAUCGAACGAUGGAUUAUGAGAGAUUUACCCAGGAAAAGACGCAACAUACCUCGAUUACAGGAGGAGCUCAAGAUCAGCAGUCGCAGCAGCAUCGGCAGCAGCAGCAGCAGCAGCAGCAGCAGCAGCAGCAACAAUCGCAACAGCAGCAAUCAGCUCAUCCUAUAGCACAAUAUCCAGCAGGAAGAAGGCAAUCCGUAGGAUUACCGGAGGAUAAACAUCCUUCAACGGGUCAGCUGCCACCGCCGCAAUACGGCCAGGAUAAGAACAAUGCGGACAGAACUCAGCACGUUUCUCAGACCAGCACUCAAACGGUGCCGGUGCAAAUGCAACCACAGUUCGUUCCCGAUUAUGAUCAGAGUCAGUAUCCGCAGAUACGAGGACAAUUCGAAGUCAGAUCGCAGAUCUAUCCGCAGUCGCAAUACUCCGACAGAGCCGGUUACGUGACGAGGGACGUUACUUAUCGAGAUCCGACGCUUUACAGCCAGAGCGGCGCGACCAAUCCAAUGUUCACCGGUCAAGGUCAAUAUGUGACGGUCCAACAGAUACCCUCGCAGUCCGCCAGUCCGCAGCCGCCAUAUUAUUCGGGUGUCGUGGUGCCGCAGCCACCGAGCUACACUCAGUUCGGCACGCAGCCGCAAUAUCCUUACAGUCAGUAUCCGCAGACUGUGAUGAACGCCGUGCCGUACAAUCCACACGCCGGCAUAUAUCCCGCUCAGCAGUAUCCCAGUCAACAAUCGCCGAAUCCGCAGAGAUUCUCGCAAGAGAUCGGUCAGUAUCAGACGCAACCGAUCAUCCAGCCGAUCGCGCAGAACGUGGCGCACGGGAUCGCUAUUCAGACGACGGAGCGGCCUUGUCGAGGACCGAAACCGAUGGUGCCGCCUCGUGGCAAUUCCAAAAUCACCACGCACGAUCCUGGACACAGAAAGUCCGCCAGCGUCGACGUGCCAGCGUUGCAGAAGGCCAAGUAUGAGCCGACACCCACUCCGCAACAAGAUCCGAUUCAUCGUGGCGACGGCGCUAUUCUUGUGACAGGCGUGCCGAUUGGACCGGACGGGCCGGAUAGAAGAUAUUUAACUGCAAUUAAUCAAAAUCCCAGGACGAGACAGGACGGUCUUUACGUGGAUACGAAUGGCGAUCAACCGGGCAGAGAGAAACUGGUCGAUACUAUCGCCACGGAAUGCGGUUUAUAUGUGUCUAGAUCGGAGCAUCGGAAAUCUAUAUCGGUCGACGUGACUACCAGCUUCCAACGACGUAACGAUACGAUAACCUUCACGUUUCCCGGCGACGGUAAUCAGGAGAUUAUGUCGGGAAGGAAAACUACGACUGUAGUAGACGCAAAAAGAGUGGAAACUAAUCAAGUUUACCCGGAACAAAGGAGAUUGGAUGCGGGUUUACGCGUAUCGCCGAUGGCGUUUGACACGAGACAGGAAAACAGAAAGAGCAUAGGGCCCGACAGAAAGCCCGAAUGGGGUAAUGUCAGUCCGAAUCAAAGGAACACCAUUCCUCCGGAAAACAGACGAUCGGAUUAUUUCGAAGAGCAUCGAAGAUCGCCCAUGAAUUUAGAAGGCAAGAGAAUAGAAGACGUGAGAAGAUCGCCCAUGCCCUUUAUACCGAUUCGCGAAACGUCCGCUGAUCGCGCCGGACAGAAGAGUCCUUCUUUCGUUAGUCAAAACUUCGAGAAGACCAGGCAGGAACUGGCGAUCUGGGCGGAGCAACGUCAGCGGCAAGAGCACGAGAGAAGCAUGAUGCAAGGCCCGAUAUUUACGACGAGUCCUCGUUCUCGAAAUCCGUCGGAGGAGAGAAGAGACAUUAGGUCAAUUCAUCCGCCGGACGAUCGGAAAGAAUCGAGAAUGUCUCAGUCGGCCUUUCAGCCUCUUCCCAACAUCAGCCAGAGUACCAUAAUGGAGCAACGCCGACACUUGAGACACGUCAGCGCCGAUCUAACGAAACACAUGGAACUCACGCGAAAGGAUUUCGACGAGCAGCCCAUCACAGGUUCCGUAGUAAAUUUAGGAUCGGUGGCCAGUACUGCUUCAUCGCAACGAGCCAGUCCAAAUCUUUGUCACCAGUAUCCGGCUUUCAGCGAAGCAAAAUUAGACACGAAGACGAUGUUGACCGUGGUGACCGACUUUGGCGAGACGAACACGGGCAAACCAAUUGAACAAGUCGAUCAUAUAAUUCAUAGUCACCGUAAAAGUCAUAACGCAUCAUCUUUGCUCACUCACAGCAAAAGUCAGACGGAAAUUUUGCAAAAUACACUGGAAAAUCAAAGCGAGAAAACAGACUCUCUUCAUGCUCAGCAACAAAUGCAAAAUCAACAAUCUCUCGAUUUAAUCUCCGAGAAACUCAGUCAGUUCGAGCGUCAGCAAAGCGAUCUUCAAGCUAAGUUGCAGUGUCUUCAGAAUCAAAAUCAGAUUUUGGACAAAGUGGCGCAGUUUCAGCAUCAGCAGAGCGAUCUGCAAGCUCGAUUACAAAGUUUGCAGAAUCAAAGUCAAUUAAACGAUAAGACUCACAAGAUCUCUAACGACUUUUCGUCGCUCCCGAGCGAUGUCCAUCAGAUUCAAGCGAGUCCUCUGCCAAAUCAUCAGGAGCAGCCGUCGGAUAAAUCCUGCUCGGUUCACAAUCAUCAGCCCGUGCACAGCCUUCAUCAAACGCUACUGACUACGACGUAUCCGCAGAACACCACGCUUCAAAGCUGCCAGUCGUCUGUGUGUGAGAAAUUGACAUCUCGCGUGCAGCACGACGUUUCCGAUCCGAAUUCCAUUCAGAUACCGAACAUGUCGCAAAUGCCGUUACCGUGCCUCCCGCAAUUCGAUCGCACCGACGCGUCGCGUACUUCGUUUUCCCAGUUUCAUCGGCUUCAGUGCCAGAUCGAGAGUCAUGAAGGUGCUUCAACAACGAAUGCCGUUCUACCUGCCAGCUCUUUCACCGGCACACUGAAGAAAAUACCGCCGGAGAAACCACCACGGACAUCCUUGAUUGUGCAAUCGCCAGAAGCUGAGAGUAAUCGCAGCCAACCAGCCAUUGGAUUGAAGCAGACACCGAAAGCGCGGCCAACCAUUUUCGGGACAGUAGCCUCGGACCUGAAUCCUAAGGAUGGGAACAGCCGAAAGAGUUUGCCACAAACACCAGCCGGUGGUGCUGGUGGGAAGGCAAGCGCGAGUGGUACUGGUUCAGGCGCUGGAAUGGUCAAUGGUGCCGGUGCCGAUCAUGAAAACAUUCGGGACAGCGCUAGCAUAGAUACAGAGCUCGCUUUGGUGUACCGAGAUGGCAACCUCGUCUCAGGCUCACUCGAGGCGUUGGUACAGCACAUGGUGCCUACGGAAGAAUAUUAUCCCGAUCGGGCGUACCUCUUCGCCUUUUUGCUGAGCGCCAGGCUCUUCAUCAAGCCGCACGAGCUUUUGGGCGAGGUUUGCGCUCUGUGCGAGCAUCAGCAGAAUCUGAAUGGAGAGGGCGGUAAGGAACGAUUGCAUCGCUUCGUGCCGCGACUGGUGCAGCUGCUGGCGGAAUGGACAGAAACAUUCCCGUACGACUUUCGGGACGAAAGGGUGAUGGGACACGUCAGGUCCAUCACGCAGAAAGUCGCUGCGGUCGACGCCGCGGCCAGGCAGGAAGUUUCGGCGCUGCUGCAAAACUUGCUGCUACGACUGACGGCCCUGGAGAGGUACGAGGAGGGCCUGGCUAGACUGGCGACCGAGGCAGCGACGGAGCAGCUUACGCAGGUGGACAUCACUGAACUCUGCCCAUCAGCCACUGUGUUGGCACAACAAUUAACUCACGUGGAACUCGAAAGGCUCUCUUACAUCGGACCCGAGGAAUUCGUACAAGCUUUUGCAAAAGAAUCGCCGCAUUUAGAAACAUCCUUCAAAGAUAUGAAGAAAACUAGGAAUCUCGAAUCAUACGUUCAAUGGUUUAAUAGACUGAGCUACUUCGUAGCGACGGAAGUGUGUAAGCAUGCGAAGAAGAAGCAACGCGUUCGUGUCGUCGAAUAUUGGAUCGAAACUGCCCGAGAAUGUUUUAACAUUGGCAAUUUCAAUUCCCUGAUGGCGAUUAUUGCUGGCCUCAACAUGUCUCCGAUAUCUCGUUUGAAGAAGACGUGGUCAAAAGUACAAUCUGCUAAAUUCUCGAUACUGGAGCAUCAGAUGGACCCGAGCAGCAAUUUCAGCAGUUAUCGCAGCACAUUGAAAGCCGCAAUGUGGCGUAGCGCUGGCGCUACAGAUGAACGCCAGCGAAUCGUAGUGCCCUUCUUCAGCCUUCUCGUUAAGGACCUUUACUUCCUCAACGAGGGUUGCAGCAACAAACUGCCAAACGGUCACAUCAACUUCGAGAAGUUCUGGCAGCUAGCGAAGCAGGUAACCGAAUUCAUCGCGUGGAAACAAGUUGCCUGUCCAUUCGAGAAGAAUCCGCGCGUCAUUGCCUUUCUCCAGGCAAGCCCCGUGCUGACGGAGAACACACUUGCGCUAGCAUCUUUCGAAUGCGAGCCGCCUGACAACAAUCCGGAGAAAGAACGUUAUAAAGCUUUAAAGUCCGAGAUGAAUGCUCAGUGAAAGCAAGCUAUGCCGAUAUACGCCGAAUGGGAACGUUAGUUUAUCCGCGAAAAAUAUGAGGAGAAAAGAUGAAGAGUGGGUGGAAGAGCAACAACAGAAAAUAUUACCUACGGCGACUUACGUAAGUUUAGCUUUUUUUUAUCUUGCGAAUUUAUGCGAUAUCAAAAAUAAUUUUUAAUGACGACUUGUCAAAAACAUUUACCUAAUCGAUCUGUACAGUCAUCAUUAACUUUUUCAUCGUGUCUUUUCCGAUUUGCCAUACUCUGAUUGGUUUUCUGCCAAAUAUUGAAAAUAUUAAAUAUUCUCUCAAUUUCCGUUUUAUUUCCGCGCGCAGAAACGUUAUUUAUGCAAUACAAUGUUAUGAAAUUUAUUUAAAAUUUACAACUAAAUUCUAACCGAUUGAUUGUACCCGAAUAGUAAUCAAUAUUAGAAUGCAAACGGUUAAUGAAUGAGAUUGUACAGAUCAAUCAAUUUUGAUCAAUAUUUCUGAACCGAGUCUAAAUCUUUAAUCAGCCCAGUAGCCAAGAAUCUUUACAGUUAUGGUGCGAAUAUCGAGCUAAACACGCCUCGAGGAUGAAAUUCGCUGACAAUGUCGCGUAGCCGUAAGUAUAGUUCCUAAGCCUUCGACCCGUUGGUAGCUUUUCUCUCGAACGUGACCCAAACCGCGGCCCUCUUUAUAUUUCCAAACAGUUUCGAAUGCGAGAUCCGGAGAUUUUUGGAUCCGCUCGAAAGAGAACGCCAUCGGCGCGUUCAACCUUUUGUACAUAGCCCUUUUGAUAUACGCUAAACAGACUCUUAGGUGUGAGAAGUAGGGUCGUUCCUGUAGAAUAAGCGCGCGCGAUAAGUUCGGAAAGUAGGUCGUAAGAAUCGUCAUGCACGUACUUAAGAGGAUGAGAAGAUAAUCGCGAGAGAACGGUCAAUCGAGGCGAGGAAGAUGGAGAAACCGAAAAUCUCGCGCGAAACGAUACGGCUCGGCCGGGAAUUCGCAUUUGAUUCACAUUGAUGCGACACACAUAAUAGUCGCCUGUUUUGUUUCUUCUGUGACGCACGUAAAUGUAAAUCGUGAAUAAAAAAACUGCGUAAAUGCGAUUUCAUGCACGGCAUUAGCGAUCGAGGUACAUUCGGUUGUGAUAAUCUCGUAUACAUGCUUUUUCGUAAAAUUUGGUUGCGAAUAAAUCUUUAAAAGAUUUAAAUAAUACGCUUGAAUAUGUGUGUAGCCGUGUGGCUGAAAAUUAUUCUUAUAUAUACAUAUAUUAUAUACACAUAUAUAAUAUAUUACAAUAUAUAAAUUUUUGCGUUUAU